CAAAAUUUACCCACCUUCUGGCGUUAUUAAGAAUCAAUGGUUCUAUCCCUUCAAAAAUUGGAGAUUUGAAGACUUUGCUGACUUUAUCCCUUCAGUCAAAUCUUUUAGAAGGUCACAUACCCAAGGAAAUUGGAAAUUUGAGAGCACUGGCUUCAUUGGAUCUCUUUCAAAAUCGAUUGAGUGGACCCAUUCCGCCUCAAAUUGGUAAUUGCUUCAAUUUAACAGAGUUGAACUUAUGCAACAACAGAAUCACUGGUUCUAUCCCUUCAAAAAUUGGAGAUUUGAAGACUUUGCUGACUUUAUCCCUCCAGUCAAAUCUUUUAGAAGGUCACAUACCCAAGGAAAUUGGAAAUUUGAGAGCACUGGUUUCAUUGAAUCUCUUUCAAAAUCGAUUGACUGGACCCAUUCCGCCUCAAAUUGGUAAUUGCUUCAAUUUAACUGAGUUGAACUUAAGUAGCAACAAUUUACAAGGUCUCAUUCCUAGUCAAAUCGGCAAUCUUUCGUUGCUAGAACAAGUAGAUCUGAGAAAUAAUGAUUUCUCAGGUGUAGUUCCACUUAAUAUUCCUUGGGCAAUGUAUAAUUUCGUAAAUUCUAGCUGUUAUGAUAUAGAUGCUCGCAUAUUUGGUGGCAACAAAAAUUUAUCACCCUACUCCUGUUCUCCGCCAACCAAUUAUUCAGUGAAGAAGGGUCACAAUCUCCAAAUAUUUCUACCCGUUACCGUACUCGUUGCUUUUUUUCUUCUCGGGUGUUCAUUAUUAUCGUGGAGGUGUAAGGUCAAGGUCAACCCAACUAGUGUAUUGCAAGCCACGAAGAAUGGAGACCUGUUCUCGAUAUGGAACUACGAUGGAAAGAUUGCUUACGAAGACAUCAUAGCAGCAACAAAUGAUUUUGACAUUCGAUACUGCAUUGGAACUGGUGGUUACGGAAGUGUCUACAAAGCACAGCUACCAAGUGGCAAAGUGGUUGCCUUGAAGAAGCUUCAUCGUCUUGAAGCUGAGGAACCGGCUUUCGAUAGGAGUUUUAGAAAUGAGAUCAAAUUCUUAACAGAAGUUCGACAUCGAAACAUUGUGAAACUGCAUGGGUAUUGUCUACACAAACGAUGCAUGUUUUUGAUUUAUGAAUACAUGGAAAGGGGAAGCUUGUUUUUCAUGCUAAGUGAUGAUGUUCAAGCCGUGGAAUUGGAUUGGGCAAAAAGAGUGAACAUUAUCAAGAGCACAGCUUACGCUUUAUCUUACUUGCAUUUUGCGUGCACACCAAUAAUAGUUCAUCGAGACAUUUCAAGUAACAACAUUCUGUUAAACUCGGACUUGGAGGCUUUUGUCUCUGACUUUGGGACUGCCAGAAUCAUAGAUCCUGAUUCUUCAAAUCAAACAAGGCUUGUUGGCACUUAUGGCUAUGUAGCUCCAGAAUUUGCCUACACAAUGGUUGUAACUGAAAAAGGUGAUGUUUAUAGUUUUGGAGUAUUGGCAUUGGAAACAUUGAUGGGAAAGCAUCCUGCAGAAAUUUUGUCCUUGUUAUCAGCACCAUCUUCAUUGCAAAAUAUAAUGUUAACUGAUGUAUUAGAUCCACGUCUCUCACCUCCAACAAGCCAGCUGGUCGCACAGAAUAUUGUUCACGUAGCUACCAUAGCAUUCGCAUGUCUACAAGCUGAUCCAAAAUUAAGGCCAACAAUGAAACAUGUCUCACAGAUGUUUCUUUCUUGUCAAAGAUCAUUGAGGAACCCCCUCCGAACAAUCUCUUUGCUGCAACUUGUGACAAGUGGAAUGCAUAUGGAAGGAUCAUGUCAAGCUCCAAAAUGAUAGUGCCAUUAUUAGGACAAGUGUCUUGUCGUUUUUGUAAACUGAUUACUAGGAUGCAUUUCUGGUUUCAACCUUUCCUUUUUUAUUUUUGGUCCUUACUUUUUGUUAUUUCCUCUUUCAUAUUCUCCAUGUUAUUAGUUCUCCAAUUUGAUGAAAAUGUGUUCUGUUUUCAUUGUGAAAAGGCAGUCUAUCAUGAUAAGUUACA